AUGGUCAGCUCGUUCAUGUCCAAAACUACAGUCUUCGUGUCGACUUUGCUAGCGUCGCUAACUGCCGUGAACGCUGAGUUGGAGACCGUCAAGCUGUCGCAUCCGCAUGGCUCCAGUGCCGAGGUCUUCCUAUUCGGCGCCCACGUCAAGUCGUUCCGCGCCGCAACGGACCCGAAGGUUGACGUCAUCUUCAUGUCGAAGGACUCAUUCAUGGAUGGCGUGAACCCCAUUCGUGGCGGCAUCCCUGUGGUGUUCCCUAACUUUGGCGGCGCCCCUGGCUUCCCUAACCACGGCUUCGCUCGCAUCACCAACUGGGCUGUGGCCAGCACUAAGGAAGCUACCGACAACAGCCCCAGCGUGGCAAAGUUCACCAUGGCGGCCAGCAACUCUACUCGUCAGAUGUGGCCUGUAGAUUUCAAGCUUGAGUACGAGGUGAAGCUGUACGCUAACGAGCUUCAGACUGCGCUGCGUGUGCAAAACACACACACGGAACAGAUCGAGUUCCACACGCUACUGCACAAUUACCUGUGGGUGGAUGACUCCCGUAAUGGCGGUGUGGCGGUGUCGGGCCUCAAGGGAGUCGACUACUUCGAUCAGGUGGCCAAGACCGGAAACACGUACCUGGACGCCCCGGACAAAAUCGUCGCGACCAUCAAAGGUACCAAAACCGACGCCGUCGUGUGGAACCCCGGUGCCGAGCGUGCCAAGAAGCUGGAGGACUUCGGUGACGAGGAGUACAUCAACAUGGUUUGCGUCGAACCUGGUCGGGUCAGCGUCAAGCAACCUCUUCCGGCCGGCCACACCUACACUUUGCAGCAGAGUAUCACGGUCAAGCCCACACGACUGUAG